AUGUAUAUAGCGACUACUGAAGAAGACACGCCCGAAGAUCAUUCUUGGAAACUGAAUUUUGAUAGAGCAUCAAAUGCCGUUGGUAACGGAGUUGGGGCAGUCUUGAUAUCCCCAAACGGAGAUCAUUAUCCAUUCACUUGUAAGUUGGAUUUUGACUACACAAAUAAUAUGGCAGAAUAUGAAGCAUGUAUCAUGGGAAUUCGAGUAGCCAUAGACCGCAAAAUCAAGGUGCUAGAGGUAUAUGGAGACUCUGCAUUGUUUGAUGACAUCAACUUCUUUUAUCUCCCACGUGAUGAAAACCAGAUGGCCGAUGCCCUGGCUACAUUAGCUUCUAUGAUCAGAAUAAAUGAACAAGAGGAUAUGAAGCCAAUCCAGAUGAGUAUUUGUGAGUCUCCAGCUCAUUGCUACAAUAUAGAUGAAGAAGAGGGGAGAGAUGGUCAUCCUUGGUAUCAUGACAUUCUAAAAUAUGUAAAGAAUCGUGAAUACCCAGAGCAAGCAACUGAAAAUGACAAGAGAACAUUGAUAAGGCUCACUAAUGACUAUGUCUUAGAUGGGGAGAUCUUGUAUAAAAGGAGGAAGGAUCAGGUGUUGUUAAGAUGCAUUGAUGCUGUCGAAGCGAAGAAAAUCCUAGAAGAAGUCCAUGAGGGUGUCUGUGGGAUGCAUGCUAAUGGUUUUACAAUGGCCCGACAAAUCAUGAGAUUCGGGUAUUACUGGACCACGAUGGAGGGAGAUUGCAUCCGUUAA